CCCCGCCUUAAUGUAUUCUUCUAGCUCAUUAAGUCAAGAAUGUAGACAGUUUUUAAAAAUAUCAUAGAAUUAAUACAGGAAUUCAAUUUCCAGGAGUUUUAGCUUUCUAUGAUGAAAAAAAAUCUUAGCUAACAAAUUCAAAAUGAUAAAAUCCUUCACUAAAUUUAUACAGAUCUCUUCUCUGAAGUGCUUGCUGGUUGGCCUUCUUGGGGUUGUCUCCAGAAACUGAAGAAAACACUAACCAGCAUCUCAUUGACAGAGAAAAUAGAUUUUGAGGGGAGGACAAAGUGGAAUCAAUGGUUUAUUAAGCAAAACAGAUGUCAGCAGAAGAUCAGAUUUGUGUGUGCGUGUUUGCUUUAUCCUCUUGAUCAAAGGAGAAUACCAUCUGCCAUACACCCUUUCACCUCAGAAAACAUCCACCUCCAGAAUGAUUUACUUAAUCAUCUUGGAACAAACAAGUAUUAUGAACUGACUCCAGAAAAGGCACAGAAGGGGGAAGUGUAUUGUCUGAUUACUAGAUUCCAAACAGAAUCGUUUCUUCCAUGAACUUCCAUCAUUUUCUGAGGUUAAAUCCAUAAAGAUUCUCAUAGACUAUUUCAAGUACCAGUGUUUAUUCCAGGAAUUUCAAGAAUCAUCAUCUAUGGGAGCAAGAGACACACUGAUGCAGCACAGAAAUAAACAGGGCUUUAACAUACCUAUUCCACUAGUAGUUGGUGUCCUAAUAGUGAAAACAAGCUCCAAUAGUGAGAACAGAAGUCUACAUCUUCUCCAUGUAUAACAUGGUUUUCAGAAUGCAGACACUCAGAACUUGGCAUCACAGCUAGAUACCAGUGAACUACACAUCACUGAAUACUAGUGGAACUUAUUCAUGUAAUUAUCACAUGAUGAAUACUGAUUUUUUUUGUACACUAACCUGCAUGCAGCCUCUGUUCCCUCCCCCAUCUCUGCCUUUGGCUCAGAAUAUGGCCUCUUUACUGUAUAGUGCUAGCAGCUGACACAGGGAUGCAUGACUGUUUGGCAGGCAGCUGACAGCAGUCAUAAUGGCAAGGUAUAGAAAACCAGCUUCUUGCAGCCCAGAGACCCACAGAGAAAUCUUUAUUCAUUUUUUUUGCAGCAUGUAAUUGAUUUGUGGAUGAAUGAAAACUCCAGGCUGUGAAUCUUGUGUGCAUUGAUCGUGAUUUAAGUUGCUAGAGAACACAUAGUAAGGGGUUCAUUCUCUCCUCAAUGUGCUGUACACAUGCUGGCUUUAUUUUGAGCACCUGCUAGCUUCUCUCUUUCUUUCCAGGAGGGCCAGCCUAUUUACAUGGCCGUGAAGGGAGUAGUAUUUGAUGUCACUUCUGGAAAAGAAUUUUAUGGGAAAGGUGCCCCAUACAACGCCCUCGUUGGGAAGGACUCAACACGAGGCGUUGCAAAGAUGUCACUUGACCCAGAAGACCUCACUCAUGACACAACAGGACUCACGGAAGAAGAGCUAAAAUCCCUGGAUGAUAUCUUCAAUGAUGUGUACAAAGCCAAAUAUCCUAUUGUUGGCUACACUUCUCAAAGAAUUCUGAAUGAGGAUGGCAGCCCCAAUCAGAACUUUAAACCUGAGGAUCAGCCACAUUUCAGCAUUAGAGAUGAAUUUUGAUGAAGGAUUUAGCAUCCUGAAAAUCCUCAGAUGGACAUUGUAGAACACGGUAUGACUGGGAAACAUUGACUGUUUCUAAGGCAGAAGAACAUUUUCUAUGAAUUAUGUAUCUUUUGUAUUUUUGUUAUCCGUCCCCCCGCCCAAAGAGAAUAAUAGCUGAUUACUAGUGUAGUGAAUUCCUUCAAGUAGUGAACCAAAUAAAAUUUAAUCAGUGGCACAUAUUUGUGGAUUGGAGGGAAUUAUUUCAAUAAAAUUCUCACUGCCAAUAUCUUGAUUUCUCUUUUUUAAUAUAAAAAGAAAAAUUGGAUAACUAAAGACUCAUUCCCUAAAGGGGAGAAAGUGUCCUUUAAUAGCUGAAUCAUGAGAUUAGGGGUUUUGCCAUUUCUGGGUUCUGUUCCCUGUUCUGCUGCAAACUUGCUGUAUUACGUGAGUCACCUUACUUCACUUCUCCAUGCCUCAGUUUCUCCAUCAGUAAAAUAGGUGUAAUAAGGCUUCUUAUCUCAGAGGAGUGGUGUGGGGCUUAAUAUUCAUCCUCUUUGAUUACAGUGGAUAUAUAAAUGCUGACUUCCUGAAAUGUACUUAAAUGCUGUAUAUUUAUGCAAAGCCCAGUGUUAUAAAACAAAGAUUUUUCUUCUGGGAAAUGUAAUAUUUAAUUACCUUUUGAUUCGAUAUAGGCUAUGGCUACAAUCAAUAGCUCACAGCAGCGCCGCUGCAAGAUCUCUAGUGGAGCUGCUCUACACUGACAGGAAAGAGGUCUCCCAUCGCCUUAAAUAAUCCACCCCCAACAAGCGGCGGCAGCUAUGUUGGCAGGAGAAGUUCUCCUGCCAACAUAGCGCUGUCCACAUCGGCACAUAGGUGGGUGUAACUUAUUUCGCUCAGUGCGGUGGCUUAUUCACACUCCUGAGUGGCAUAAGUUAUACUGACAUAAGUGGUAGUGUAGACAUGGCCUAAAUCACUCUUAUUGCAGUAGUUUUGUCAAAAUAGCACUUUUUUGUAAUACAUUUACAUGGGUUUGUCAUUUAAAAUUUAGGUCAUGAUGGUUCCUUAGUAUCCUCAACUCCUAAUUCCCACAAACCAAGAGAAAUUAUAACCUAGGAUCUAUGGUUAUCAUAAAGUCUUUGUUCACAUAUUGUAAAAUAUAAGUUUACUGUGAUUAUUUCAGUCUGACCCGAAUAUUCCCAGCUUCUUUAUGUUGUCAAUUAAACUCUGGUUGACUCUACACAUAGGCGCGGGAACUAAGGGUGCUGCCACAGCCCCUGGUUUGAAGUAGUUAUCAUAUGCAGGCUUUACAGUUUGGUUCAAGGGCUCUCAGCACCCCCGUACACAAAUUGUUCUAGCACCCUUGUCUACCGGUGCUUUUUCCAUUUUUAAUCUGUAUCAGGUUCUCUGCACUAUUACUUUUUCUAGCUUGAUCAUUGCCACUCCAGUUCCCUUGAAAGAUGUGUGUGUGUUCUUUUUCUGUUUAACCUAAUUUACAGCUCCAGGUCCUGCUGGGGGGAAAACAAGUCGUCUCCUCUGUCAGAUUUCUCUUGGCAGUCUUUCAGGCUGCUUUUAAUUUACAUAGCAACCGGAGAACAUUAAAUGCUUGGGCUAUACCAAGUGCUGCUAACUACUGGCUUCCACUAACUGAAGUCAAAUGCUAACUGUCAUGUAUGCAGAUUUACCUGCCACCAUGACAGUUUGAAUUAGCAUUGAGAAACUGAGCAGCUGCUUCCAAUUUCUUAAAGAUAAUUUGCUUCAUUAUGUUAACCUCCUGGCUGCUUUCUUUCAAAGAGUAAAUGAUUAAAUCAUUUAUUCUCCCUCUCCUGGGAUCUGUAUGCUGUAUAGCAUAUUGUGGGAGAAGGACAAUUUGUCUGAUAAAAGAAAAAACUUUUUUUUUAAUGAUCCCUUUCAUAACGUCACUGAUAUUUACUCUAAAUGUGCUUUGUGCCUUAAGCCCCUUUUUUCCCUUAUAGGCAUUCAGCAGUAUAGUGUAAGAGGUUAAAGCAAGGGACACCUGCUGUUUACACUCCGCCACCAAGUUUCUGUGUACCUGAGGUUACCUGUGCCACUUAACUGCAUCACAAAAGUUCUAAUUAAUAAAUGUUUGUAUUUAAAGCUACAGUUGGUUGUUAAUAAAGUUUUUGCAGGAAAGUAAACCAUUUUUUAGAUCCAUUAUUCCACAAACAUUUUUCAGUGAAAAAAAUGAAACCUGAAAAUUUUUGGUUUGUGAACAGUAUGGAAACUAAUUUAAUAAAAAACUCGAGGUUUUGAAAACAGAAAACUUUUGCUGAAAAUAGAAUAUUCUGGGUUUUGGUU